AUGGGCGAAGCGUUCCUUCCAUGCACAUCGACACCCCAAACCGUCCGUAUUCAGGAAGUAUUAGAUCAAGUGCCUGUGACUCCCAAGUAUGCAUGCCCGCUUGAUCAUGAUGCCUUGCAAGUGGUUCAGCAGCGCUGUGCUCGGGUGACACAGACACAAAGGCCUUCAUCUCAGAGCGAAGCGCUUUCAGCAGCCGACGAGGCUUGGUCUUGUCGUUUUUUAGGCUCCGCACCUCAAGAAAGACCCGAAGUCCCCGCAGCCUUUGCGUUCGACCAUUAUGAACAUGUACAAGCCUAUGCACACUCUGUGCCUGUGCGUGAUCAAGACGCCGCCGAGACCAAACCUAUACGCAUCUCGCCCCACAUUGGUCAUGUGGCUGUGUCUCCAAAGGACCCGACACUAGUCCUUCAAAUAUCUGUCUACUCGCGACGCCAUGUGCCGCUUUCCCGCCGAUCUCGUGGUCUAGACGGAUCGUCACCGGACUUCUCUCAUGAUACCCCUGCCUCCCACGACAUAGAUGGAGAGCUUGUGCAUGCACAAACGAUCGAAUGUACAUCAGCACACACACUUGAAAGCCUUGUGAGCGAAAUGGCAUGUCGCCACUGUGAUUUACCACAUGCACGUUACGCCCAGCCUCAGGCAUGUCCACGUCAUUGGACAGGUGCUGAAGAUGCAGGUCAAGACAACGGUACAUAUCCAGGCUUCGAUGCCUUUCCACUUCAGACGGAUGUGUGUGUCAUGAUAGAUGACAAACUGUACAGCCGAAUGGACCCUGCCAAAGAUCCUGAUACCAGCUAUGUACGUGCACUUCAGCAAGCCGCGCCGAGUAUGAUGACGUUCUUACGACAUGCCAAAUUUGGCGGCACACUCCAAAACACGCGUAUAUCUGAACUCGAGUGUCUGACUGUUCACCGACCCUACUGGCUACUACAUGUAGGUGAUUGUGAGCAUUUUUGGACCGUGGAUCACAUGCGCCUCAUGACAGAGCCGCCGGACCUCUUUCCACGCACUACAUAUAUACAACGAUGGAUGCUGACAUCCCUGUUCCGACAGUACUGGGCACCGAAAAAAGUUGUCGCCCAGAACGACCGGCACGGCGUGCCAUGCGACAUUUGUGAUGGAGCCCGAGACGCGGUGGCCGUCGUAUUGGGUGGCGAUGCAGUCCAAAUUCGUGAGAAUGAGCGUGUUCGACUCGCAGGUAUGCCGUAUAUGGUGACGCCAUGCUGUGGACCAUGCUUUUAUAUGGCUACAGGGCGUGAACUUUCCCACAUGCUCGGCGCCGACGCCCCCUGCGGCGGUGCUUGGACUGUCUUGCCAUUGUUUGUCAAAUAG